CCAAUAUUAGUUGUUGCUUCAUCACCUCCAUCGUUUCUUUUUUCAGAGCCUUUGAAUUUCACGUGCUUGUUGAAUUUCUGUCCUGAAAAAAAAAAAAUCGACACCAGGAUUUGGAUUGCUAUGUGUUGAGCUCUUCUGAAGAGCUGCCUUUUUUUUUUGCGCCUGCUCCUGCCUCUAGGACUGAGGUACCGAAGGAUUUUGUUCAGCGUUUUCAGGAGAUUUGGUCUGCUGAACAUUUGGUAUCUGCCUUUUCUUCCUCCUCCUCCUCCUCCUCGCACUGUAUUAAUUUGUGUGCUUGUGGUGAGUGCAUGUGUGGGUUGUGUCUGUAAAACCCUAUUUCACUGCCCUUAGUGUCUUGUUGCAGGCCCCUAUUGCCACCCUUUGCAUCUUCUUUGUAGGUCAGCCGUGUGGCACUGGAGGUAUUAAUUGCCACAGCUCAGCAAGGAAGCAAUUCCUCACCCACAACCAUACUUACCUCCCUAACAAAACACCCCUCACAAUCUCUGUUCGUGGAAGGAGCCUUUCAUCAGCAUAUUCUAUUUAUAGGCACCUGAACCUUACAUUUGCAUGCUACUCUAAGAGCAUGUUGAUUUCCUAAUAAAGAAGUUGAAUCUGCCAUCAUUAACUUUCACUGGUACUCUUGAUUUUGCAUCACCUGCUGUGAAGGAUAUAAGUGGCUAAGAACAGUGGGCGUCUCUUGCCCACAUGUCUAAGGUAUCAAGUUAGUUACUGAUUGCAGAUGAUUAGCCACCCCUUAUGAGCUUGCUGUGUGUUGUGCUUGCUUGGAUGAUUCCACGACAUGCCUAAUAAGAGACGAGAUGGGCCAGGGCGAUGAAAGUGAUCGUAUUGUGAUCAAUGUGGGAGGGACUAGGCACCAGACUUACCGCAGCACUUUACGCACCUUGCCUGGCACCCGGCUGGCCUGGAUCGCUGAGCCAGAUGCCCACAGUCACUUUGACUAUGACCCCCGUGCAGAUGAAUUCUUCUUCGAUCGGCACCCAGGUGUCUUUGCCCACAUCCUGAACUAUUACCGAACAGGUAAGCUGCAUUGCCCAGCAGAUGUGUGUGGACCUCUGUAUGAGGAGGAGCUAGCCUUUUGGGGCAUUGAUGAAACAGAUGUGGAGCCUUGCUGCUGGAUGACCUAUAGGCAGCAUCGGGAUGCUGAAGAGGCCCUGGACAGUUUUGGUGGAGCACCUCUGGAUAGCAGUGCUGAUGAUGGAGAUGCAGAUGGCACAGGAGACUCAGGUGAUGGGGAAGAGGAGCUGGAGAUGACUAAACGCCUGGCCCUGAGUGAUUCCCCAGAUGGAAGGCCUGGGGGCUUUUGGAAGAGGUGGCAGCCUCGGAUCUGGGCACUCUUUGAGGAUCCCUAUUCCUCCAGAUAUGCAAGGUACAUCGCAUUUGCUUCCCUCUUCUUCAUUCUGGUUUCCAUCACCACCUUUUGCCUCGAGACCCAUGAGAGAUUUAAUCCUAUCGUUAACAAGACAGAGAAGGAAAUUGUUGGCAAUGACACCCAGGUGCGGGUCUAUCAGGAGACUGAGACGGAGGCUUUCCUGACCUACAUUGAAGGGGUCUGCGUGAUUUGGUUUACUUUUGAGUUUCUGAUGAGGGUCAUUUUCUGCCCCAACAAGAUGGAAUUUAUCAAAAACACCUUGAAUAUCAUUGACUUCGUGGCCAUUCUCCCUUUUUACCUGGAGGUUGGACUCAGUGGCCUGUCUUCCAAAGCCGCUAAGGACGUCUUGGGCUUCUUGAGGGUGGUCCGGUUUGUGCGAAUUCUGCGAAUUUUCAAGCUGACUCGCCAUUUCGUAGGACUGCGGGUUUUGGGUCAUACACUCCGUGCCAGCACAAACGAAUUCUUGCUGCUCAUCAUCUUCUUGGCACUGGGCGUCUUAAUCUUUGCCACGAUGAUCUACUACGCUGAGAGAAUAGGUGCUAAACCCAACGAUCCUAGUGCCAGCGAACACACACAUUUUAAAAAUAUCCCCAUUGGCUUCUGGUGGGCUGUUGUCACCAUGACUACCCUGGGCUACGGAGACAUGUAUCCUCAGACUUGGUCAGGCAUGCUGGUGGGGGCCCUCUGUGCUCUCGCAGGCGUGCUGACCAUUGCCAUGCCUGUACCCGUCAUUGUGAACAAUUUUGGAAUGUAUUACUCCUUAGCUAUGGCUAAGCAGAAGCUACCAAAGAAAAAAAAGAAGCAUAUCCCGCGGCCGCCCCAGCUGGGAUCCCCCAAUUAUUGUAAAUCUGUCAUAAACUCUCCACACCACAGUACUCAGAGCGACACAUGCCCACUCGCCCAAGAAGAAAUGUUAGAAAUUAACAGAGCAGAUUCGAAACGGAAUGGGGAGGUGGCCAAGGCGGCGCUGGCAAAUGAAGACUGUCCCCACAUAGACCAGGCUAUGUCGCCUGAGGAAGGUCUGCCAUAUACCCGUUCUGGCACUCGGGAGAGAUAUGGACCUUGCUUCCUCUUAUCAACCGGGGAAUAUCCCUGCCCGCCUGAUGGAGGAAUAAGAAAGGAUCUUUGCAAAGAAAGUCCUGUCAUUGCUAAAUAUAUGCCAACAGAGGCAGUCAAAGUGACUUGACAUGGAGAAAACGAGAUGGACAAUGAUGGCUUAUAAACGUCUGGGUGGAACUGUGCAGGCAUAGAAGACCUCUUCUUUGGACAAAUGUAAUCUCCCUCCAUGCAAGUUUGCAGGAUGAUAUAUGUGGUUUCAAAAAGGGAGACAUGCAGGAUUUCUCUAUGGCCAGAAUGUAACAAAUGGCAGAUUUUUUUCGUUGUUGUUGUUUCAUAGCAUGAAUUGCAUGAAAAAAAAAAGAAAACCCCUGAGAUUGUACAAGUUAACUUACUUUACUAUUAAAGGGGUGUUUUGGGGGAAGGGUGGGGAGAUAAAGUAAUAUAUUUUCCUUCAAAGCUCUUUACUUUUACAUAUGUUGUAGUAGCAAACUGUAAAAGAUAUUCUAAAGCCGUACAUUCCUUUGCAAUGGAUUGUUUAUUUGUAUACAUGAUCACAAGGGUGGAUGGUUUAAAAAGUGCAAUUGGCAGUCACAUUGACCAUGCCUUCAUAAAUUCAUCACGCAGAACAUGAAACUCAAGAACUUUUCAUCCAACUAGACUUGUGUAAAAUGUACAAACAAUCUUCUUUUCUUGUCUGUUUUUGUUGGCAUGCUUGUGAAAUCUGGGACCAGUUUUUGAUCCUGAUGGAAACAGCUGGUCUAAACUAAUUUUCCAGCUCUGUACUUUAUUGGUGUAUAGAUCCAGUGUGAAGACCCUUUAUGACAAAUUGUUUAUAUUAAGUGAUCAGUAAAGAAUUCAACCAAAAAAGAAACCAACAUUGUUUUUUUUAAAAGCAACCACAGCAACACCUGGGGAUUUACAAUAUACAAAUCAGGAACCUACUUCGAUAUAAACUUAUCUCAGAGUUUUAAGAAACAACAAAAUGGCAUUGUAUGCAAUUUAGAAUUCUGAAUAGAAUGCAUGCACAAUGUUAUGCAAAAUAAUUCUAGCAUGAAAUAAAUUUUGUAUAAUGGUUUCAAUGCCUGCUGUAUAGUGUAAAUCAGAAUUCCUUCCUGAAAUGUUCAGAACGUCCCAAAGAAAUGCUUUUGAAAUUGUAAAUAAAUGCCAUGCAAAGAUUCCCAAUGGAACAAUCAAAGAGAAAAAUGCUUUGCUUGUAAGAUGGUAAACUGGUGAGUGCCUAAGGAAGUCACCUCCCAAAUCCUUGAUACAACUCAUGUCUUCAGUCUUCACAACACUAAUAAAUAUUUCCAUAAUUGAAUAGAUAAAAUCUAGAGAUUGGUAGAUUUCACUCUAUUCCUUUUUUCUCAAUUAAUAAUAAAAGUUUGGCUUUUUAGUUGAUAAUGUGAAUUCAGUUUUUCUUACUACUGUGGUUCUCUUAACAAUUGAUAGCACUUAGAAAGAUGUAGAAUUAGAUACCUUUUAAUCAUACUAAAUGAUGUUUUAAUUACCUAACAUUAAAGGUAGUGUAGAGGUUUGAAUCAUAUCAUUUUAUUUCAGAUUGAAAGAAAACAUUUAGAAUUUUUGUCAUAAAUUUGCUUGUAGUUAAAACAAUGAAACAAAGGAAUAAGUUUCAUCACAUCAUAAGACCUAACUACUUCCUAGGAAGAAGGUAAGGCUAUUGAUGAUGAUGAUGAUGAUGAUGAUGAUAAAGCUUAGGAAUGAAGUAUUUCAUAGAAUAAACAUAAAAGGAAAAACACAAGACAGUAGCAAUAAGAGUUACAUAAAUAUGGAAGCUUUACUUUUCUUCAUCCCACUUCCAAAAUUCUUUCCAUUCCUUAAAACAAAAACGGCAGGAAAAAAUUCCAAAAGAAUAUAUCUUUCUUAUACUUGAAUGUUUAAGUCAGUAUAUUUAAUAAGAAAAAUGAGGCAUCUAAUGUAAUAAUUACUAUAUGCAACCCACAUUUCUAAAUAGUCUUUUAAUUAUCUAUAAAACAUGUAUUCAUAUAUAGGAAUGCAUAUGUACAUUCUUCAGAAUAUUGUAUAAACUGAUAAGAGCAUGGAUAUUGCAGUAUCAGGAUUUAAGCUAUUUAUUUACAUUGCUAUCAUAAAAACUCACAUGUGCCUUUGUUUUUGUGUUUGUUUCACAAUUAUCAGUAUACAGUAUAUCAGACCACGUGAGAAUCUGUAUAAACCUUCAGUUUCCAGAACAAUAAUUAUUCUGUGAUGUAAGUCUAAAAGGGAAUUGCUUGAAUAUAUGAUCACAUCACAUGAACCAAUGCAAUACUUUGAGCACAUGUCCAGCAAGUAACUGAACCAAUUAGUUUUUUCACUAAAUGGACACAAAGAUGUUAAAUAAACAUAAAAUCUUAUGGAAAUAAUCAUAAUCUGACAUCAGUUUAAAAUGUGACAUAAAUGCCAAAUUGGACAUCUGUUGUCCUUUUUUUUUUCACAUACUGGAAAUCUCUUGAAUAUCUGCCUUUUAACACCCAUUUACAACUAGUUAUUAUAGCCUCAUUAUUUUUCAAAGAACAUGACUUUCAUGGCAAGAAAUUCCACUGCUAAAAUGUGCUUGGGCUGGUUGUUUAAUAAAGUCCCAUUUGAAAGCUAAACUUUAAAGGAAGUAAUCUUGUGCUACCUAGGACAGCGAGUAGGAAGAAAAACACAAAGCAGCAGCAAUAAGAAUUACAAGGAUAUACAAGAAGCGUUAUCUUUCCUCAUCCAACUGUUGUGGCCCGCCGGCAGCCAGCGGAGCUUGCAGCAGAGUCGGACAGUGAGGAGGUUGGGGAGGAACUUGGGCCAGUCCUGGGGGCUGGGGAAAACUCGGACGAGGGCUCUGUGUCGGAGGCAGAGAGGGAGUUACACAGCAGCAAGGCAGAGGAACAGCUGGAGCCCAUUCCCAGUGUGCGCAUGCGCAGAGCUGACAGAAGACAAGAGCAACUCAGAAAGCAGGGUCGACUUGGGAGUAAAGCCACACUUUGGAGGUGAUUGGCCCCUCCCAUAAGAACUAAAACAGGAGCGAACGGGGAGGGGGCUUUUGCAGGAAUCAAUUCGUUCGUUCCGUGACUCUGAGAGACUCUGUGCCGGGUUUUGCCUUGUACUGCGAUUGGAAAAAGUUACGUGGCAGUUUGCCAAACGAGAUAAGGUGUGUUGAGAAAUAUUCCUUUGCAAAACUCUUUGGACUAACCUUGCUGACUGUGAAUGAAUGUAAUUCACAGUCGUGUGAAUAAAAGAAGCUUUGCCGGGACCAA